AUGCGUGCCGUCCUCUUCGUUUCGCCUCUUUUCAUCCAACUCGGACUCAGUCUGGGUCUUGAACGAGUCGUCCGUCGAGGCCAGACUGACGCCGGUGUCUUCAACCCUCCCAAGACGUCGUCCUUUCUGCAGCUGGAUCUUCGCGUGACGCUCCCAGCAAACGUUUCCACUCCGGAUGGCAUGACUGCCCUGGCUCCUAAUGUUGAGGGUGGCAAGGCCACCGGUGCCUUUGAGGCUGAUAUUCUGCCUGUUGGUGCUGCGUAUGAGCGAGUUGCGCUCAACGAAGCGGGAGAGAACAGUUUCUACCAGAACCGAUACAUCUUUCAAACCGCCGAAAACGAAACCCUGAGCCUCGAAGUCGACGCGAUCCUUCACUACGAGAACAACGCCCUGCACGGGUUUGGUCUUGGCAAAUUCGCAACAACCAUUCCCGAGCUCUUCCACAUCAACUACGAGGCAUACAUCGUCGAGGUCAUGGCAGACUUUAAUAGUGGAAUUGCGGUUGGAGAAGUUUUCGAGCUCACGUCUUGUGGUCGUCGUGAUGGCGAGCCUAUCAAGGGCCUUCUUCCUCCUGGAGGUGCAUAA